GGGCGCCCACGGGCUGAGUGGCGCGCGGGCCGGGAUGCGCGCCCUCCUGCCGCCCCCGCUCCCGGGACAGGGCGCGGCACGACCCCAUGGCAGGUAGCGGCGGCCUGGGCGGCGGGGCCGUGGGCGGCCAGAGUGCGGGGGCCGGGCAAGUGGCAGCUCUGCCUGCGUCCCGCGCGCCGCUUCUGCUCAUGGUCCUGGUGCUCGGCGCCUACUGCCUCUGCGCCCUCCCCGGCCACUGCCCGCCGGCCGCCCGCGCCCCAGGGCCGGCCCCGGCGCCAGCCGAGCCUUCCAGCUCCGUCCGCUGCCCGGGAGCUAAGGACCUGCCCGAAGCCAUUGGCCCCGGCCGCCGGCGCUUCCCGCAGGCGCUCAUCGUGGGCGUGAAGAAGGGUGGCACGCGCGCCCUGCUGGAGUUCCUGCGGCUGCACCCCGACGUCCGCGCGCUCGGCUCCGAGCCCCACUUCUUCGACAGGUGCUAUGAGCGUGGCCUCGCCUGGUAUCGGAGUCUGAUGCCCCGAACCUUGGACGGGCAGAUCACCAUGGAGAAGACCCCCAGCUACUUCGUGACGCGAGAGGCACCCCGCCGGAUCCACGCCAUGUCCCCGGACACGAAGCUGAUUGUGGUGGUGCGGAACCCCGUGACCCGGGCCAUCUCCGACUAUGCCCAGACGCUCUCCAAGACCCCGGGCCUGCCCAGCUUCCGCGCCCUGGCCUUCCGCCACGGCCUGGGCCCCGUGGACACGGCCUGGAGCGCCGUCCGCAUCGGCCUGUAUGCCCAGCACCUGGACAACUGGCUGCGCUACUUCCCCCUGUCCCAUUUCCUGUUCGUCAGCGGGGAGCGCCUGGUCAGUGACCCGGCCGGAGAGGUCGGCCGCGUGCAGGACUUCCUGGGCCUUAAACGGGUCGUCACGGACAAGCACUUCUACUUCAACGUCACCAAGGGCUUCCCCUGCCUCCAGAAGGCCCAGGGCAGCCGCCGGCCCCGCUGCCUGGGCAAGUCCAAGGGCCGGCCCCACCCGCGCGUGUCCCAGGCCGUGGUCCGGCGCCUGCAGGACUUCUACCGGCCCUUCAACCGCAAGUUCUACCAGAUGACAGGCCAGGACUUUGGCUGGGGCUGAGUGGUGCCCUGGGGAUGCCCAGCACCUUGACUGACACCCGUUCACCCGGCCAGAGCAGGCUGUGUGCACAUGCUGCCCGGAGAGGAAUAGUUAAGAAAUAAAGCUUGGGACCCGGU